GCGGUGACGGCGCGGAGGCAGCGCCGCGCGGCCCGCCAGGCCCCGGACCCGCAGCUUCGCAGCCCGCCGGCUGGCGCGGCCCGGAGGCCCGAGCCAUGGAAUCGGAGGAGGAGCAGCACAUGACCACGCUGCUGUGCAUGGGCUUCUCGGACCCUGCCACCAUCCGCAAGGCCCUGCGCCUGGCCAAGAACGACAUCAACGAGGCCGUGGCGCUGCUCACCAACGAGCGGCCGGGCCUCGACUACGGCGGCUACGAGCCCAUGGACAGCGGCGGCGGCCCCAGCCCCGGGCCCGGCGGGGGCUCGCGGGGCGACGGCGGCGGUGACGGCGGCGGCGGAGGCCCUUCCCGCGGCGGCAGCACCGGAGGCGGCGGCGGCUUCGACCCCCCGCCCGCCUACCACGAGGUGGUGGACACCGAGAAGAAUGAUGAAAACGGAAACUGCUCAGGGGAAGGAAUUGAAUUCCCUACAACAAAUUUAUAUGAACUGGAAAGCCGCGUUUUGACGGAUCACUGGUCCAUACCUUACAAGCGGGAAGAGUCACUAGGCAAAUGCCUGUUGGCGUCGACCUACCUAGCAAGACUUGGUCUUUCUGAGUCUGAUGAGAAUUGUAAAAGAUUUAUGGAUAGGUGUAUGCCUGAAGCAUUUAAAAAGCUGCUGACAUCAAGUGCUGUUCACAAGUGGGGUACUGAAAUUCAUGAAGGGAUCUACAACAUGUUGAUGCUAUUAAUAGAACUGGCUGCAGAGAGAAUAAAACAAGAUCCAAUUCCCACUGGUCUGCUGGCUGUGCUUACAAUGGCUUUCAAUCCUGAUAAUGAAUACCAUUUUAAAAACAGAAUGAAAGUGUCUCAAAGGAAUUGGGCAGAAGUGUUUGGAGAGGGAAAUAUGUUUGCUAUUUCACCUGUAUCUACUUUCCAAAAGGAGCCUCAUGGAUGGGUUGUGGAUUUGGUAAAUAAGUUUGGAGAAUUAGGUGGAUUUGCAGCAAUCCAGGCCAAGCUCCAUUCAGAAGAUAUAGAACUUGGGGCAGUAUCAGCACUGGUGCAGCCCUUAGGGGUGUGUGCAGAGUACCUCAACUCCUCAGUGGUACAGCCCAUGCUGGACCCAGUCAUCCUUACUACAAUCCAGGACGUGCGGAGUGUGGAAGAAAAGGACCUUAAAGAUAAGAGAUUGGUUAGCAUCCCAGAGCUCUUGUCUGCCAUUAAGUUACUUUGCAUGCGCUUCCAACCGGAUCUGGUGACCGUUGUGGAUGACCUUCGACUAGACAUCCUACUGCGCAUGCUGAAAUCACCUCAUUUUAGCGCUAAAAUGAAUUCCCUCAAAGAAGUAACCAAACUAAUAGAAGAUAGCACUUUAUCCAAAUCUGUGAAGAAUGCUAUAGAUACAGACAGACUGUUAGAUUGGCUAGUUGAGAACUCAGUUCUGUCAAUUGCAUUGGAAGGCAACAUAGACCAAGCACAAUACUGUGAUCGUAUAAAGGGAAUUAUUGAACUCUUGGGCAGUAAAUUGUCUUUAGAUGAGCUCACUAAAAUUUGGAAGAUACAGUCAGGACAAUCAUCUACUGUGAUUGAGAAUAUCCAUACUAUUAUUGCUGCAGCAGCUGUCAAAUUUAAUUCAGAUCAGCUUAAUCAUUUGUUUGUUCUCAUUCAGAAGAGCUGGGAGACCGAGACCGAUAGAGUAAGACAGAAGCUCUUGAGCCUGAUUGGACGAAUAGGCCGGGAAGCUCGCUUUGAGACCACUUCUGGAAAGGUGUUAGAUGUACUCUGGGAGCUGGCUCAUCUCCCAACGCUGCCCAGUAGCCUUAUUCAGCAAGCUUUGGAGGAGCACCUGACAAUCCUAAGUGAUGCAUAUGCAGUGAAAGAAGCAAUCAAGAGGAGCUACAUCAUUAAGUGCAUAGAAGAUAUUAAAAGGCCUGGAGAAUGGUCAGGUUUGGAAAAAAACAAGAAGGAUGGAUUCAAGCAAGGUGGGCUGACUGGGAAUUAUGUCUCCCUGCCAGGCUACACAGAAACUAAGCAAAGGUCAUCUCAACUUAAUAAUCCCCAGUUUGUAUGGGUAGUACCAGCUUUGCGUCAGCUACAUGAAAUCACCCGCUCAUUCAUAAAACAAACCUAUCAAAAGCAAGACAAGAGCAUUAUUCAAGACUUGAAGAAAAAUUUUGAAAUAGUGAAAUUGGUAACGGGAAGUUUGAUAGCUUGUCAUCGGCUUGCAGCAGCCGUGGCUGGACCUGGAGGCUUAACUGGUUCAACACUAGUGGAUGGCCGAUACACUUAUCGGGAGUAUCUAGAGGCCCAUCUAAAAUUUCUGGCAUUUUUCUUGCAAGAAGCUACUCUGUAUCUGGGUUGGAAUCGUGCCAAGGAAAUCUGGGAGUGUCUUGUGACUGGCCAGGAUGUUUGUGAAUUAGAUAGAGAGAUGUGUUUUGAAUGGUUUACAAAAGGGCAGCAUGAUCUUGAGAGUGAUGUUCAGCAGCAGCUCUUCAAGGAGAAGAUUCUUAAAUUGGAGUCAUAUGAAAUCACUAUGAAUGGUUUUAACUUAUUUAAGACUUUUUUUGAAAAUGUGAAUCUCUGUGAUCAUCGAUUGAAAAGACAAGGAGCUCAAUUGUAUGUAGAAAAGCUGGAAUUGAUAGGAAUGGAUUUCAUUUGGAAAAUAGCCAUGGAAUCACCUGAUGAAGAAAUUGCUAAUGAAGCUAUUCAGUUAAUCAUAAACUACAGUUACAUUAAUCUAAAUCCUAGGUUAAAGAAGGAUUCUGUAUCAUUACAUAAGAAAUUCAUUGCUGAUUGCUACACGAGAUUAGAAGCAGCCAGUUCAGCACUUGGUGGCCCCACUCUGACACACGCUGUGACCAGAGCAACAAAGAUGCUUACAGCAACUGCCAUGCCAACUGUAGCCACGUCAGUCCAGUCUCCAUACAGAUCCACUAAACUUGUAAUAAUUGAGAGAUUGCUGCUUCUGGCAGAACGCUAUGUGAUCACUAUAGAGGAUUUUUACUCUGUUCCCCGAACUAUUCUACCUCAUGGUGCCUCAUUCCAUGGACAUCUUUUAACUCUUAAUGUUACUUAUGAGUCUACCAAAGAUACCUUCACUGUAGAGGCUCACAGUAAUGAAACCAUAGGGAGUGUCCGGUGGAAGAUAGCCAAGCAGUUGUGUUCUCCAGUGGAUAGUAUACAGAUAUUUACAAAUGAUAGUCUGCUGACAGUGAAUAAAGAUCAAAAGCUCCUCCACCAGCUGGGCUUUUCUGACGAGCAGAUCCUCACAGUAAAGACUUCUGGCAGUGGGACCCCGUCUGGGAGCUCCGCAGAUUCCUCAACCAGCUCCAGCAGCAGCAGUAGCGGCGUGUUUAGUUCAUCAUAUGCCAUGGAGCAGGAGAAAUCCCUCCCUGGUGUUGUGAUGGCACUUGUGUGUAAUGUAUUUGACAUGCUUUACCAGCUGGCCAAUCUAGAGGAGCCAAGGAUAACUCUACGAGUACGGAAGCUUCUGCUCUUAAUACCCACUGAUCCAGCCAUUCAGGAAGCCCUUGAUCAACUUGAUUCUUUAGGAAGAAAGAAAACAUUGCUGUCUGAAACAAGUGCUCAGUCUUCAAAAUCUCCAUCCCUCUCUUCCAAGCAGCAGCAUCAGCCAAGCGCCAGUUCAAUUUUAGAAAGUCUGUUUCGAUCUUUCGCUCCAGGAAUGUCCACCUUCAGAGUGCUCUACAACUUAGAAGUUCUAAGCUCCAAACUCAUGCCAACAGCUGAUGAUGACAUGGCAAGAAACUGUGCAAAAUCCUUUUGUGAGAACUUCCUCAAAGCAGGAGGUUUGAGUUUGGUUGUAAAUGUCAUGCAGAGGGAUUCCAUCCCAUCAGAAGUAGACUAUGAAACAAGGCAGGGAGUUUAUUCCAUCUGCCUACAACUUGCAAGAUUUUUACUUGUGGGACAAACAUUGCCGACAUUAUUAGAAGAGGACCUCACCAAAGACGGCAUAGAAGCACUUACUUCUCGCCCAUUCCGAAAUGUCAGCCGGCAGACAAGCAGGCAGAUGUCCUUAUGUGGUACCCCAGAAAAGUCAUCCUAUCGACAGCUGUCAGUGUCUGACAGGUCUUCCAUUAGGGUUGAGGAAAUCAUCCCUGCUGCUCGAGUCGCAAUACAAACAAUGGAAGUCAGUGAUUUCACGUCUACUGUGGCUUGUUUCAUGAGAUUGUCAUGGGCUGCAGCUGCAGGACGGCUUGACCUCGUUGGGAGUAGCCAACCAAUUAAAGAAAGUAAUUCUCUGUUUCCUGCUGGAAUUCGAAACAGACUCAGCAGUUCAGGAAGCAAUUGCAGCUCUGGAAGUGAAGGGGACCCGGUAGCUCUGCACGCAGGCAUCUGUGUGCGACAACAGUCCGUGUCCACCAAAGACUCACUGAUUGCGGGAGAGGCUUUGUCUCUUCUUGUUACGUGCUUGCAGCUUCGGAGCCAGCAACUGGCAUCUUUCUAUAACUUGCCCUGUGUUGCUGAUUUUAUCAUUGAUAUUCUGCUUGGAUCACCAAGUGCUGAGAUUCGCCGUGUUGCCUGUGAUCAACUGUAUACUCUUAGUCAGACAGAUACUUCAGCCCAUCCAGAUGUGCAGAAGCCAAAUCAGUUUCUCCUAGGUGUGAUUCUCACUGCUCAGCUGCCUCUCUGGUCCCCAACUAGUAUUAUGCGAGGAGUCAAUCAGAGACUGUUAUCCCAGUGCAUGGAGUAUUUUGAUCUGAGGUGCCAAUUAUUAGAUGAUCUGACAACUUCAGAAAUGGAGCAGUUAAGAAUCAGCCCAGCUACCAUGCUCGAAGAUGAGAUUACUUGGCUGGAUAACUUUGAACCUAAUCGCACAGCUGAAUGUGAGACCAGUGAAGCAGAUAACAUCUUACUGGCAGGACACUUACGGCUCAUCAAGACCCUGCUUUCACUCUGUGGGGCAGAAAAGGAAAUGCUUGGUUCAUCACUCAUUAAACCAUUGUUAGAUGACUUCCUUUUCCGAGCUUCUAGAAUUAUUUUAAAUAGUCAUUCUCCAGCUGGCAGUGCCGCCAUCAGUCAACAGGACUUUCAUCCAAAAUGUAGUACAGUGAAUAGCCGAUUGGCAGCCUACGAAGUCCUUGUAAUGCUGGCUGAUAGCUCACCUUCAAAUCUUCAAAUUAUUACAAAAGAACUACUUUCUAUGCAUCAUCAACCAGAUCCUGCUCUUACCAAGGAGUUUGAUUACCUUCCCCCAGUGGAUAGCAGGUCCAUCUCAGGGUUUGUGGGACUGAGGAAUGGUGGCGCUACAUGUUACAUGAAUGCAGUCUUCCAGCAGCUGUAUAUGCAACCUGGUCUCCCGGAGUCAUUACUUUCAGUGGAUGAUGACACGGACAAUCCAGACGAUAGUGUAUUCUACCAAGUGCAGUCUCUCUUUGGGCAUUUGAUGGAAAGCAAGCUGCAGUACUACGUUCCUGAGAACUUUUGGAAGAUUUUCAAGAUGUGGAACAAAGAACUUUAUGUGAGAGAACAACAGGAUGCAUAUGAAUUCUUCACCAGUCUCAUCGAUCAGAUGGAUGAAUAUCUCAAGAAAAUGGGGAGAGACCAAAUUUUUAAGAAUACUUUUCAGGGCAUCUAUUCUGAUCAGAAGAUCUGUAAAGACUGUCCUCACAGAUAUGAGCGCGAGGAAGCUUUCAUGGCUCUCAAUCUAGGAGUUACUUCCUGUCAGAGUUUGGAAAUUUCUUUGGACCAGUUUGUUAGAGGAGAAGUUCUAGAGGGAAGUAAUGCAUAUUACUGUGAAAAGUGUAAAGAAAAGAGAACAACAGUGAAAAGGACCUGUAUUAAGUCGUUACCUAGUGUCUUGGUCAUCCACCUGAUGAGAUUUGGAUUUGACUGGGAGAGUGGACGCUCCAUUAAAUAUGAUGAACAGAUAAGGUUUCCCUGGAUGCUAAACAUGGAGCCUUACACAGUUUCAGGAAUGGCUCGCCAAGAUUCAUCUUCGGAAGUUGGUGAAAACGGGCGAAAUAUGGAUCAGGGAGGUGGAGGAUCUCCACGAAAAAAAGUUGCCCUCACAGAAAACUACGAACUUGUCGGUGUCAUUGUACAUAGUGGGCAGGCACAUGCAGGCCACUACUAUUCCUUCAUCAAGGACAGGCGGGGAUGUGGAAAAGGAAAGUGGUAUAAAUUUAAUGACACAGUUAUAGAAGAAUUUGACCUAAAUGAUGAGACCCUAGAGUAUGAAUGCUUUGGAGGAGAAUAUAGACCAAAAGUUUAUGAUCAAACGAACCCAUAUACUGAUGUACGCCGAAGAUACUGGAACGCCUAUAUGCUCUUCUACCAAAGGGUGUCUGAUCAGAACUCCCCUGUGUUACCAAAGAAAAGUCGAGUCAGCGUUGUGCGACAGGAAGCUGAGGAUCUCUCUCUGUCAGCACCAUCUUCACCAGAAAUUUCACCUCAGUCAUCUCCUCGGCCCCAUAGGCCUAACAAUGACCGGCUCUCUAUUCUAACCAAGCUGGUUAAAAAAGGCGAGAAGAAAGGACUAUUUGUGGAGAAGAUGCCUGUUCGCAUAUACCAGAUGGUGAGAGAUGAAAACCUCAAGUUUAUGAAGAAUAGAGAUGUGUACAGUAGUGAUUAUUUCAGUUUUGUUUUGUCUUUAGCAUCAUUGAAUGCUACUAAAUUAAAGCAUCCGUACUAUCCUUGCAUGGCAAAGGUGAGCUUACAGCUUGCCAUUCAGUUCCUUUUUCAAACUUAUCUACGGACAAAGAAAAAACUCAGGGUUGACACUGAAGAAUGGAUUGCCACUAUUGAAGCAUUACUUUCAAAAAGUUUUGAUGCUUGUCAGUGGCUGGUUGAAUAUUUUAUUAGUUCUGAAGGACGAGAAUUGAUAAAGAUUUUCUUGUUGGAGUGCAAUGUGAGAGAAGUACGUGUCGCUGUGGCCACCAUCCUGGAGAAAACCCUAGACAGUGCCUUGCUUUAUCAGGAUAAGUUAAAGAGCCUUCAUCAGUUACUGGAGGUACUACUUGCUCUGUUGGAUAAAGAUGUUCCCGAAAAUUGUAAAAACUGUGCUCAGUACUUUUUCCUGUUCAACACUUUUGUACAAAAGCAAGGAAUUAGGGCCGGAGAUCUUCUUCUGAAGCAUUCAGCUCUGCGACACAUGAUCAGCUUUCUCCUAGGGGCCAACCGGCAGAACAGUCAGAUACGUCGAUGGAGUUCGGCACAAGCACGAGAAUUUGGGAACCUUCACAAUACAGUGGCAUUGCUUGUCUUGCACUCAGAUGUCUGUUCCCAAAGAAACGUUGCUCCGGGUGUAUUUAAACAACGGCCGCCUAUUAGCAUUGCCCCCUCGAGUCCCCUGCUGCCCCUCCACGAGGAAGUCGAAGCCCUGUUGUUCUUGUCUGAAGGGAAGCCUUACCUGUUAGAGGUAAUGUUUGCUCUGCGAGAGCUGACGGGCUCACUGCUGGCGCUCAUUGAGAUGGUGGUGUACUGCUGUUUCUGUAACGAGCAUUUCUCCUUCACCAUGCUGCAUUUCAUUAAGAACCAACUAGAAACAGCUCCACCCCAUGAGUUAAAGAAUACGUUCCAACUACUUCAUGAGAUGUUGGUCAUUGAGGAUCCCAUACAAGUGGAGCGAGUCAAAUUUGUGUUUGAGACAGAAAAUGGAUUACUAGCUCUGAUGCACCACAGUAAUCACGUGGACAGCAGUCGCUGCUACCAGUGUGUCAAAUUUCUUGUAACUCUUGCUCAGAAGUGUCCUGCUGCUAAAGAAUACUUCAAGGAGAACUCCCAUCACUGGAGUUGGGCUGUACAGUGGCUGCAGAAGAAGAUGUCAGAACAUUACUGGACACCGCAGAGUAAUGUCUCUAAUGAAACAUCAACUGGAAAAACCUUUCAGCGAACAAUUUCAGCUCAGGACACGUUAGCAUAUGCCACAGCUCUGCUGAAUGAGAAGGAGCAGUCGGGAAGCAGUAACGGGUCGGAGAGCAGUCCUGCGAAUGAGAACGGAGAGAGGCACUUACAGCAGGGUUCUGAAUCGCCCAUGAUGAUCGGCGAGUUAAGAAGUGACCUGGACGAUGUCGAUCCCUAGGGGACGUGCCCAGCACAUGAUGAGAAGUCACGUCACGGUUACUGGAUGCUCAGGACCUUUUUGAAAUCAGAAUCUCAUCCUUGAACCCUUUAGAAGAGCCUGGAGGCUGGACCGGGAGAGCCUGCGUGAUGGGAGGAGCACGUGUUUUAAGGAAAGCACUCUUCAGCCCCCGGGGAAGGCCUGGGAGCUGUUUGGCAGCAGGAGAACCCCGGCCUGUGGAUCCGCUGACCCGGGGCACAGUCCAUAUGUGGAUUGACACUUUUGUGGAGAUUUUAGGAAAUAAAGCCGGUGGCAGACUGUUUUGUUACAUGAACAUAACAAGAGUGAGUGAGGAUAAAGCUGUUGCUUUCUCUAUGAUGCUACAAAAGAAAUUCCUUUGGUUUUUAUAUUUAAAAAAAAAAAAAAAAAAGCAAGCUGCCUUUAGAUGAGUGCGGGCAAAUUUUUAAUCUUGCAGUAACAUUGAAUAGGAAUAUCCAAUUUAAAAUGAUGUAAAGAUAUGUGAUAAAAAUUCCUUUUCACUGUAAGAUAGUAGUUAAAGAAUUCAGUUUACACAGACCUUUGUAUUUAAUAUGUCUCCCUAUUUGUAUAGAAUUUCAGGUGGGUCUGGAUGAGAGCUCUGCGCAUAAACUUGGAUCUUGAUGAAAUGUUACCAGGAUCAAAAAUUGGGAAAUUAAGCUCUUUAAGGUAUUUUUCUGAUAUAAUUGAGAUUGAAAGAGCAAUAAAAAAAAAAAUGCUGUGUUCUCCAGAAGUACAGGGUGCGUUCUUUGACAUCAGUUACUGAAGAAGUUGCGAGUUGUUCCCAAAACAAAUUUUAAAAAGAGCAAAAUAAAAAGCACUUUAAGAUAUAA